AUGAAUUUUAAAGUAAAAAACAUUAUCGCAGUGCACAGUUGCAAGGGCGGUGUGGGAAAGUCAACAGUGGCGGCCUGUUUGGCAAUAACGUUCUCAUCCAAGGGAAAACAAGUAGGAAUAUGCGAUUUGGAUAUUUGUGGACCAAGUUUGGCAGAACUGUUUUCGCUUGAUAGAGAUUCGGUGAAGUGGACGAAUGUGGAAUCCACAGAGACGAAUCACAGGGAUAGAUGCUGUAAAACAGUAAAUUUAUCAUAUUCUGAUGAUUGCUGUGACGAUAAUAGCAGUGAAAAUGCAGAAUCAAUGUGUUUGGAACCCAAAAAGUUCAAAGGGAUUAAAAUUAUGUCGUCAGAAUUCUUGAGACCAAAGAACUACAGUGGAUACUCAGCAUAUAGAGGACCAAUAAUAGAUCAGGUGUGCUACGAAAUGGUAUACAGAACAAACUGGGAGGACCUAGAUUACUUAAUACUUGACCUUCCACCGGGGACGAGCGAUGUAAUAAUAUCACUAGUGGAAAAUAUACACAUUUCAGGAUCAAUUUUAGUAACAACGCCUCAUGUUUUAAGCAAUAAUGACUUAGUCAAGGGAAUAAAGCUGUUCAACGACUUGGAAAUACCCAUACUCUCAAUAGUUGAGAACAUGGCAUAUUUCACCUGUGAUUCCUGCGGAAACGCAAAGAAUAUAUUUGGGCCAUCAAACGUCAAAUCAAUCUGUGAUGAAUACAAAAUUGAUCACUUCAUUAGACUGCCAUUUGUCGUAUUUGACAAAAAUGAAGCAAUGUGUAACGGUAGCAGUGACGAAGAUGGUUAUGCCUCAAAUAUAGGAAUCGUUUACAGAUAUCAUAAUUCAGCGGAUGUGCAAGAAUCACUGGAAAACCUAUUCAACUACAUUGACUCUAAAUUGAAGUAUAAUGUAGAACGAGCUAUUAAAACGAAGCCAAAAUAA